GGACCGCGUCUUUAGAAAGUUGAUGUUAACCUAUACCACUGAAGCUUCUGGAGAACGUGAAGAAACAUCUCUAAAGUGGGCCAAAUUACUUUCCGUGCAUGAUUCAUUCAUGCAUGAACUUUCUCAGGAAGUAAUUACUAUUGGAUCAUCUGAAGAAUGUAUGAUUGUUAUAAAACAUGAAGAAGUUUCAAGUUCACAUUGCCUUUUGAUGAAAGAUCCAGACGAUGUCAUAUGGUUGUACGAUUGUAGCAAGACUGGGACACGUUGUAAUGAUGGCAAGUGGUUACAGCAAGAUUGUGUCACGCUUCACACUGGUGACUAUUUCUACCUUUUAUGGGAUGAAGUCGAUGUGACUAAGCGUAGGUUUAUCUAUACUGCCAGAAAAGAAUAAUAUUUAUGUGCCUGUUUCUUAAGGAGUUGGAUUCUGCGUUCUUUUUGUUGAUGAUUUUAAACUUUUGGCUUCCUCUGGUGAGUCUGAUAAGAUUGAAACUACGGAACUACCGUUACAACCAUCAUCAUCACAGUUUAUGAAGCCAUCAACAUCAAAUGAUGAUACUGAUUUAGAAAAUUGCUUAACAUGUGUUAUUUGUGGAGAUAUCUAUUUCGAGUGUUGUAGUGUUCAACCAUGUUUACACAGUUUCUGCACACUCUGUUGGUUGAGAUGUAAAAGAUAUGAAUGUCCAAUGUGUCGUAAAUCAGUGUCAGCGUAUGCUAAAAAUCACCAAUUAAAUAAUUUAGUUGAUGUAUUCCUUCGUAAACAUCCAGAGAAGUUAAAAUCUGAAUCCGAACAAAAUGAAAUAAAGCAAGAAAUUGCAAGAUUAACACGCCUUCCAAAUCACACUCGUCGAUACAAUAAUCGAACUAGAAGGAAUAGAGAGAGAAUUACUCUUCCUGGUGGUGACUAUGGUUUACUGAGUAGUUCCUCUGGCGUCUUUCCUGUUGUUCCGACCAUCACUACCACCGCAACAAUUCGCAGUGUUUCUUCUGGUCCGAUAAUUAUGCCCACUUCCUUACCGAUGAGUGCUGGUUGUGUUAUAUGUUCAUGGUUACCACCAUCAUAUGACCGUCGUGGCAAUAGUAUGACAAGUAUUAGUGGCAUUACUCUUGGCGACCAUGGUCCAAGAAUUGAAGAAUGUUCAGCGCAUUGUUAUUGUACAUGUUGUAAUAGACCAAUGCCUAGUCGAACAACAACAAUUCCACAACUACAUAGCAUAAAUCGAACAGAAUGUGAAGUGUGCCGGCGUACAUUUUGUUCUUUAAUCAAUCCAUAUGGAUGUUCAACAUGUGAUGGUUAUUGUUUAUCUCGUGUACAAGAUUUGACUAGAUACAAUUCGAUACCUCGUAAUUUAUUAUUGAAUAAUCGUAUAGAGACAAGGAUUCUUGAUGAUUAUCUUACCUCUCAGGGUAUUUCAAUUCCAACAUUUAUCAAUCAUUGUUUAACAUUUUAUAUUAAUACAACAUCAAUUUAUUCAUCAUGUAUAUUAGAUAGAAAUUCAUUAAUUUGUAAAAAUUGUAGUGAACGUUUACUUAGUCAAUUAGCUUAUCAAUAUCGUUUAUCUAUAUGUCCAAAUGAAUUACCAACUGAUGUAAUUAUUAAACCAAAUUGUUAUUAUGGACAAUAUUGUCGUUAUCAAAGUUAUAAUUAUAAUCAUGCUAGACGUUUUAAUCAUAUUUGUGAAAGAUCAAUUUAAUUUAAUUUUAUUUUAUUUUCAUUUAAUUUAAUGAUAUUCUUUCAUAUCCCUUCUUUUAAAAGAAGGGAGAUGAAUACUACUCUUUUUUGCCAAUAAGUAGUCAUUAGUAGUAUAUACAGCUUCUUUUUUUCCCUUUUUGUUGUUGUUAUUGAUUUAUUAAUCUGUAUGACAAUCUCUUAUAUAUUUUAUUGAAGAUUUCUGCAUUUACCUUAUAGAAAUUGUUCUAUUUUGUUGUGUUUAAGAGUCAUAGAGACUAUUACCAUUUUUGUCUUUUUUUCUCCUUUUGAUUAUUUUUCUUUCCCCUUGAGAAAAAAAAAUUUUUUUCAAAUCAGAAUUGUUAAAAUUUCUUUUAAAUAAAUUGAAUAUUCAUCAUAAUAGUUGAGAUCAUAAGUUAAUUAAAGUUACACUACCAUGGAGAACCUGGAAGCACUGGACGACCGUUUCGUUCUACUGUGGAACUCCUCAGUAUUCAUUGAUUUAGUGUGUAUUUAUGUAUUUUUGUUUGGAUAUAUCUGUUCACUUUGGAAAACAAUGAAUCAAUGGAUACAUGCAGUUACUGUUAAA